AAGCCAUGGGGGAUUCGGAAAUGGCAGCGUUUGGAAAGGCGGCGUCCUUUUUACGCAAAAGUGAAAAGGAGAGAUUGGAGGCUCAGAACCGUCCAUUCGAUGCCAAAACCGCCUGCUAUAUCUCCGAUGACAAGGAAUUGUACGUCAAAGGUACAGUCAAGAGCAAGGAAGGUGGUAAAGCCACCGUGGAGACUAUCGACAAGAGGACUGUAACUGUCAAAGAAGACCAAGUUCUACCAAUGAAUCCUCCAAAAUUCGAUAAAAUCGAAGACAUGGCCAUGUUGACCCACUUGAAUGAAGCAUCCGUGUUGUAUAACCUCAAAGAGCGUUAUGCUGCCUGGAUGAUCUAUACCUACUCUGGGCUGUUCUGUGUCACGGUGAACCCCUACAAGUGGUUGCCCGUGUACGAUCCCGAAGUCGUGGCUGCUUAUCGGGGCAAGAAGCGUCAAGAGGCUCCACCCCACAUCUUCUCCAUCUCUGAUAACGCCUAUCAGUUCAUGCAAACUGAUCGCGAAAACCAGUCGAUCCUGAUCACCGGAGAAUCUGGUGCCGGAAAGACCGUAAACACGAAACGUGUCAUCCAGUACUUUGCCUCAGUUGGAGCCGCAAUUGAUCCAAACAAGAAGAAAGAAGCUCAGAAAUCUGGGAAGGGGUCCCUGGAGGAUCAAAUCAUCCAGGCUAACCCAUUGCUGGAAGCCUUUGGGAACGCCAAGACAGUGAGAAACGACAACUCCUCUCGCUUCGGUAAAUUCAUCCGAAUUCACUUCGGGACCACUGGGAAAUUGGCUUCUGCUGAUAUUGAAACCUAUCUGCUGGAAAAAUCCAGAGUAACUUUCCAGCUAAAAGCUGAAAGGAGUUACCACAUUUUCUACCAGAUGAUGACAAACCACAAGCCAGAAAUUGUUGAGGCUUGCCUCAUUACCACCAAUCCCUAUGAUUAUCCAUUUGUCAGCCAGGGUGAGAUUAGUGUCAACAGUAUUGAUGAUAAUGAAGAACUAGUGGCAACUGAUACUGCUAUUGAUAUCCUGGGCUUCACCAAUGAGGAAAAAUGGGGCAUCUACAAACUCACUGGUGCAGUAAUGCACUUUGGUAACAUGAGGUUCAAGCAGAAACAACGAGAGGAACAAGCUGAGCCUGAUGGCACAGAAGAUGCCGACAAAGUUGCUUACCUGACCGGCCUCAAUUCUGCAGAUUUGCUAAAGGCUUUAUGCUAUCCCCGAGUAAAGGUUGGCAAUGAAUUUGUGACCAAAGGUCAAACUGUUCAGCAGGUUUACAACUCUGUUGGUGCCCUUGCCAAAUCUAUUUUUGAGAAAAUGUUCUUGUGGAUGGUUGUCCGUAUCAAUCAGCAAUUGGACACAAAACAGGCCAGACAAUUUUUCAUUGGUGUGCUGGAUAUUGCUGGGUUCGAAAUUUUUGACUUCAACAGCCUGGAACAGUUAUGUAUCAACUUCACUAAUGAGAAGCUGCAGCAGUUCUUCAACCACCACAUGUUUGUUCUAGAACAAGAAGAGUACAAGAAGGAAGGAAUUGAAUGGGAAUUCAUUGAUUUUGGUAUGGAUCUGGCUGCUUGCAUUGAGCUCAUUGAAAAGCCCAUGGGCAUCUUCUCAAUUCUGGAAGAGGAGUGCAUGUUCCCCAAGGCCUCAGAUACAACUUUCAAGAACAAACUGUAUGAUCAGCAUCUUGGAAAGUCAAACAACUUCCAGAAACCAAAGCCUGCCAAAGGAAAGGCUGAAGCUCACUUCUCACUGGUCCAUUAUGCUGGAACUGUGGACUACAACAUUUCUGGCUGGCUGGAUAAGAACAAGGACCCCCUGAAUGAAACUGUAACUGGACUUUUCCAGAAAUCAUCAGUGAAACUACUGGCUCAUCUCUAUGCAGCAACAGCUGAAGCUGAAGCCGGUGGUGCCAAAAAGGGUGGCAAAAAGAAGGGUGCUUCCUUCCAGACAGUAUCAGCUCUAUUUAGGGAAAAUUUAGGCAAGCUGAUGGCUAACCUGAGAACCACACAUCCACAUUUUGUACGCUGUAUUAUCCCCAAUGAGACAAAGACACCAGGUGCGAUGGAUAACUUCCUUGUCAUACACCAGCUGAGGUGCAAUGGUGUGCUUGAAGGUAUCAGAAUCUGCAGAAAGGGAUUCCCAAGCAGAAUCAUCUACGGUGACUUCAAGCAAAGAUACCGGAUUCUUAAUGCAAGUGCCAUUCCUGAAGGUCAGUUCAUUGAUAGCAAGAAGGCUUCUGAGAAGCUAUUGGGAUCCAUUGAUGUCGAUCACACACAGUACAAAUUUGGACACACAAAGGUGUUCUUCAAGGCUGGUCUCUUGGGUACACUUGAAGAGAUGAGAGAUGAAAAAUUGGCUCAACUUGUUACCCGCACACAGGCUAUGUGCCGUGGAUUCCUAAUGAGGGUUGAAUUUAAGAAAAUGAUGGAAAGAAGGGAAGCACUGUACACUCUGCAGUACAACAUCCGUGCUUUCACAAAUGUCAAACACUGGCCAUGGAUGCAAUUGUAUUUCAAGAUCAAACCUCUCCUGAAGAGUGCUGAAACUGAGAAGGAAAUGGCAAAUAUGAAAGAUGAGUUUGAGAAAACUAAGGAAGCACUUGCCAAAUCUGAAGCACAAAGGAAGGAAUUGGAAGAGAAAAUGGUAGCUCUUGUACAGGAAAAGAACGACCUGCAACUUCAAGUCCAAUCGGAAACUGAAACAUUGGCAGAUGCAGAAGAAAGAUGUGAGGGAUUGAUUAAAAAUAAAAUUCAACUGGAGGCUAAACUAAAGGAAGCCAAUGAAAGAUUAGAAGAUGAAGAGGAGAUAAAUGCUGAACUCACAGCUAAGAAAAGAAAACUGGAGGAUGAGUGCUCUGAACUGAAGAAGGAUAUUGAUGACUUGGAGCUCACUUUAGCCAAAGUUGAAAAAGAAAAACAUGCCACUGAGAACAAGGUUAAAAACCUGACUGAGGAGAUGGCUACCCUUGAUGAAAGCAUUGCUAAAUUAACAAAGGAAAAGAAAGCUCUUCAAGAGGCCCAUCAGCAAACUCUGGAUGACCUCCAGGCUGAAGAAGAUAAAGUCAACACUCUGACCAAAGCAAAGACAAAACUGGAGCAGCAAGUUGAUGAUCUUGAAGGCUCUCUCGAGCAAGAGAAGAAACUUCGCAUGGAUCUUGAACGCGCUAAGAGGAAGCUUGAAGGUGACUUGAAGCUGUCACAAGAAACCAUAAUGGAUUUGGAGAAUGAUAAGCAGCAACUGGAUGAAAAGCUUAAAAAGAAAGAAUUUGAAAUCAGCCAACUUCUAAGUAAAGUUGAAGACGAACAGAUUUUGGGUUCCCAACUGCAGAAAAAGAUUAAAGAAUUACAGGUGAUUUAUUUAUCUGAUAAAAAUGUCAAUGUUUCCUUCAAAAACAUUAGAUGCGCAAACCUUGAGAAAGUGGCUCGGACUCUUGAGGACCAGGUCAGCGAACUGAAGGCCAAACAUGAUGAGCAUCAACGUUUGAUCAAUGAUUUAUCAACUCACAAAGCACGCCUUGCAACAGAAAAUGGUGAAUUGAAUCGCCAAGUAGAGGAGAAAGAAACCUUAGUAUCUCAGCUGACAAGAGGUAAACAAGGAUAUACUCAACAGGUUGAAGAGCUCAAGAGACUGUUGGAGGAAGAAACAAAGGCUAAGAAUGCCUUGGCGCAUGCUCUACAAUCCGCCCGCCAUGAUUGUGAUUUGCUCCGUGAACAAUAUGAAGAGGAACAGGAGGCAAAGGCCGAGCUCCAGCGGGGCAUGUCCAAGGCCAAUAGUGAAGUUGCUCAGUGGAGGACAAAAUACGAAACUGAUGCAAUCCAGCGUACAGAGGAACUGGAAGAUGCCAAGAAGAAGCUUGCUCAGCGUCUGCAAGAUGCAGAAGAGCACAUUGAGGCUGUAAACUCCAAAUGUGCUUCACUGGAAAAGACAAAACAGAGAUUGCAAAAUGAAGUGGAGGACCUUAUGAUAGAUGUGGAGAGGGCAAAUUCAGCAGCAGCAGCUCUUGAUAAGAAACAGAGGAACUUUGACAAGAUCCUGGCAGACUGGAAACAGAAAUUUGAGGAAAGCCAGACUGAAUUGGAAGCAGCUCAGAAGGAGUCCCGCACUCUGAGUACUGAGGUCUUCAAGAUGAAGAAUGCAUAUGAGGAAUCUCUGGAUCACCUUGAAACUCUUAAACGAGAGAACAAGAACCUGCAGCAGGAGAUUUCUGAUCUAACUGAGCAUCUGGCUGAAAGCAGCAAAGCCCUCCACGAGGUAGAAAAGGCAAAGAAGUCAGCUGAACUGGAAAAGAGUGAAAUUCAGUCAGCUCUGGAGGAAGCAGAGGCCUCUCUGGAACAUGAAGAAAGCAAGAUCCUCCGUAUUCAGCUAGAAAUGGGCCAAUUAAAGUCUGAAGUUGACAGGAAGAUUACAGAGAAAGAUGAGGAGAUCGAUCAGCUGAAGAGGAACCACCAGAGAGUUGUAGAAACAAUGCAGAGUGCCUUGGAUGCUGAAAUCAGGAGCAGAAAUGAUGCUUUAAGAAUCAAAAAGAAAAUGGAAGGUGAUCUGAAUGAAAUGGAGAUUCAGUUGGGACAUGCAAACCGUCAAGCCUCAGAAGCUCAGAAACACCUCAGAAAUGUGCAAGGACAAUUAAAGGAUACUCAGUUACAGCUAGAUGAGGCUUGCAGAGGCCAGGAAGACUUGAAGGAGCAAUUGGCAAUGGUUGAACGCAGAAGUAGCCUGCAACAGGCUGAGAUUGAAGAAAUAAGAGCAGCCCUGGAGCAGACAGAUAGAUCUCGCAAGAUUGCUGAACAAGAGCUUGUUGAUGUCACAGAGAGAGUACAGCUACUGCACUCUCAGAACACAAGUCUCAUUAAUACCAAGAAGAAGCUGGAUGCUGACCUGAAUCAUCUCCAAUCUGAAAUGGAAGAGACAAUUCAGGAAUCCAGGAAUGCUGAAGAGAAAGCAAAGAAGGCUAUCACAGAUGCUGCCAUGAUGGCUGAAGAGCUGAAGAAGGAACAGGAUACCAGCGCUCACCUUGAACGAAUGAAAAAGAACCUUGAGCAGACAGUGAAAGAUCUACAGCAUCGUCUGGAAGAGGCUGAGCAGCUGGCAAUGAAGGGAGGAAAGAAACAGCUCCAGAAAUUGGAAGCUAGGGUGCGUGAACUGGAAAAUGAACUGGAAGCUGAACAGAAACGAGGUGCUGAAGCUAUUAAAGGUGUUCGCAAAUAUGAAAGAAGAGUGAAGGAACUGACCUAUCAGUCUGAAGAAGACAGAAAGAAUAUUCUGAGACUGCAAGACUUAGUUGACAAAUUGCAGCUGAAGGUCAAGGCCUACAAGAGGCAAUGUGAGGAGUCUGAGGAGCAGGCCAAUAUUCAUCUGUCCAAGUUCAGGAAGGUACAGCAUGAGUUGGAGGAAGCUGAGGAACGUGCUGACAUUGCAGAGUCUCAAGUCAACAAACUUAGAAGUAAAAGCCGUGACAUAAGCGCCAAGGUCUCUGCUGAAGAGUAGAUGAAGAAGAUCUGAAAUGGUCCAAAGAAGAAAUCCACAAAAUGUGUAUUUCUUUGUAACAUAGUUUUAUAAAGAUAGUUCUGUCUGUAGAAAUAAAACAGCAAUUCGGAAAAUC